AAUGUCAAUUCUCAAAGUGUUAAGGUGAUUACCUCAUUUCCCUUUAGUUUGUAUAGAUUUUUCGGUUUAUCCAAAUUCUUCUACAAAAAUGAUUGGAAAAAGCAGUCUGCUCGUCAGGAAUGUGUUAAGAAACACCGUUAGAUUCUCCCAUGAUCACCACGGUGGUGGUGGUAUUCCCGGAUCUAAUUUGCCUUUUUCUAUCAACAACCGAUACAAGUUGACAGCAAUGAUGGUAUUCUUCUUCGGUUCUGCCUUUGGGGCACCAUUCCUCAUCGUUAGACACCAAUUGCUGAAAAUGUAAAUUCUUCAGUGUAUUAGUAACACAAUAGUCGAGUUAUUAUUGGUUCAACGUUUUGUAUGUAUAUAAGUUAUAAGUAAUAAAAUUCAAAUAAGAACCGAGUUUGAA